UGACGGCCGAGGAGGACUUGAACGGACCUCGUGUGUCGUGUGAAAGUACACCCGGGAUCUCUAUCGAAAAUUACUGGGGAUUUGAUCGUCCUGGAGGAGAGGCCACCGACAUAAUGCCUGGGGUCAUCGCCUGCGGUCGACGAUGGAACUUCAGUAGCGAUGACAUCCCAGUUCCAACUCUAGUCGAUAUCUGUAUUAGGACCAUCGUGUUGCUCACAGUAGGAGCCGCCUGUUUAUAUUACGCCAAUCAAUGGGAAUGCUUGGAGCUUUCGUUGUUCUUUACCACUUACCUCGGCAUGGUGGGGAUUGCCACAGCCGGCCUCUUAGUGGACAUCCCGCUUGGUAUCGUUGCAUCAAGAGGAACCAUGUUCAACGCGAGGCCUCGACGUCACGCACUCUGCUUGCUAUAUUUCAAGCUCGCAGUCUAUCUGUCAGAGAUUACUUAUCAAGUUUAUGCCACGUAUGUAGCAUUCAACUAUACGGAUGUCUGUAUGCCACCAGGUCUACAGUCUUUCUACAAGUGGAUACUGCUGGUGCCCUGGAUCGCAUUGCUCCUAUUUCUCCUGUACCUGUUUCACGUGUACGACCCGUUGGGACACCCCAAGCACCGCCAAAUAAACGACACCCUCAACGCCACGGGAGAAAUACGAAAAGUUUUCCUCGCACUGUCGGAGAAGAGUCUCACGAAAAUUCGAAAGUCCUGGAAGAGAAGGUUGAAGUUCCUACAUUGCUGUGCGGUAGGACACGACAAGAAUAACGAUGAUGCCUAUGAGCACGCUGUUGACGUGUUCAGCGCUCAAUUUCAAGAUGUGGACGUGGUUCCUUCCGACUUAGCCGUGGCGUUUGUUCUGUUGCGCAAGAAGCAGAAGAGGCGUCUUGCCUUUACCGGUACUAGUUCUGCGAAUCCGUGCGGGCCACGUCCUAUACCAUUUACCACAGAUGGCGGUGGCACGUCGGAUAGGGUGCUUCCUGAGAACGCCCUUCACUUCCUGCGCUUUGCCUGGGGUUCUUAUGGCUGGCCUGUCUACGUGUUGUCGCACCCUUGCACGUGGAUGUGUACCCUGUGGAAUGGCAUCAGGUGCACGAAUCAAGAGGACAGCGACCGUAUCGUAGGAGACAAUUGCUUUCAGUGCAACGCUGCCACCCUGCGCUGCGUCACUCAAAUUGCACCCGAAGACUCGGUGUAUUCGUCCUUCAGCAACGGCGUGUACAGGUUGCCUUUCUUCGUGGCCUUCGACCACAAGACUUGUUCUGUCGUGGUUGCCGUGCGAGGAACUGCGUCCUUGGAUGACUUGGUAACGGACACUGCAAUGACCCACGGUGUGCUUAGUGAUAUUGACGGUGUACCGGCCGGUAAAUGCAACUUGGGCGUCCUGCGCUGCGCUCAACAUUUACUGCCGUUACUCGAAGCCCCAUUAGCCGCAGCAUUCCGCGAGCAUCCCAACUACCGGCUCGUCCUAACAGGACACAGCCUGGGAGGAUCAGUGACGGCCGUCUUAUCUUUGAUGCUACGUUCCAAGUACCCUACUCUCCAAUGCUACGCCUAUUCACCGACGACCAUUUUCGACGCAACCCUGGCGAGAUUGUCGAAAGAGUGCGUUCUUACUGUUGCCGUCGGAGACGACGUCAUUAUGAGGACGGGGUUGGCCCAGCUCUUUGAGCUCAAGAGGGAAUGCAUACAGGUGGUCAUUGAGGCUGAUGUACCAAAGAGCAAACUGAUGUACCAAUUUUGCGCGGCUGUUUGCUGCGGGGCUCGCAUCACACCAAAAUACAACGAGGACGGACGUAACGAUGACGUAGGAGAGACAGCACUGGAAGAAAAGGUACCGAAAGACCACCUGGCAGUGGGAAAUUCUUCCGACAACGUCAGGCAGCUAGUCAAUGCAGCCAUGGCGUCUGGUCCACAGUUCGACGUUUUGUAUCCUCCGGGAAGGAUACUGCUUCUUACAAAAUGUUCAACAGGGUUCUCAAUGUCCUGGGCACCUGCAGAAUACUUCGACCACAUCGUAAUAAGUCCGAGCAUGUUUUCGGAUCAUCGUCCAGAUGUCAUAAUGCGUGCCCUGAGAUCGGUCACGACGAAGCAUCUGUGAGAUUCAACUCCGCUAAGCCUGGGACCUGAAUGAAUGUUUACACCGACUCUGUGAUACGUUCGACAUUAUCAUUGACUUUAGCUCGUCCCACUCAGCGUGUACAUUAGUCAGGGUUUUAUGCUCAGUCAGUAUAUUCACGGAGUUCGCAAAAAAUAAAGGAAAAAAAAUGCA